CGCCAUAAAACCGAAGAAGAAGAGUUUCACUUUUGUGCAUGAAGGAAGUGGUGUGUCUCGUCCAUCUUUUUUGUUUUUAAUAUACCGUUGUUGUUUUUGUGUCUCUCCUCUCUGAAUCUUCCAAGAAUUCAAACACUGUGUACUUGUAAGCGUCACUUAUAUGAGAAACAGAGGUGAGGGAAGGCUAUCUCCUGGGCUCCGCUCCUGAAGGAAGAACACAAUGGAGAAUCAGCGAAACAGCAGAAUAUUAAUUCAUCUCCAUAAAUCAUUUGUAGUACAUUCACGGUUCUACGAAAACACGCAGAUGACAAUAUUGUUGUCUCUGUUGCUUUUGGGAGGUGUUUGUAAUGCAGAAACUGAAGAGACAAUGUCAGUGACGGAAGGAGACUCUGUAAUUCUACACACCAAUCUUUCUGAAAUACUGAACGAUGAUACUAUACUCUGGGAAUUUGGACCUAAAGAAUCACUCAUAUCUACAAUAACUAGAAAGAGCGACUUGACCUCAAUUUUUUUCACCGAUGAUGUGACAUUCGCAGGCAGAUUGCAGGUGGACCAACAAACUGGCUCUCUCACCAUCAGAAACACCAGGAAGAUACACUCGGGACAAUAUAAACUAACAAUCUCUAGAGGAAAGAGCACAUCCAGGAGAUUUCAUGUGAAUAUCUUUGAUGUGGUUGGAGAGACAGAUGGAGUGAAGUCAGUGUCAGUGAAUGAAGGGGAAUCUGUGAUUCUACAGAAUGAUGCUGCUGAAUUACAGAAAGAUGAUCUGGUCAUAUGGAGGUUUGGAGAUAAAGGCAUCCUCCUAGCUAAAAUCGAUGUAGGAACUGACAAUCACUCCUUAAAUGAUGCUGAUGAACGAUUCAGAAACAGACUAAAACUAGAUCAAACUGGAUCUCUGACCAUCACAAACGCCAGAACCGAACACGCUGGACUGUAUGAAGUACAGAUCAGAGGCCGCGGGAGCUCAAAGCAGUUCCUUGUUUCUGUCAGGGCUGUUUGGAGUUUGUCUUCAGCUGCCAUAGCUGGGAUAGUUGUUGCUGUUCUGCUGGUGGCUGGACUUUUAACUGCUGUUGUGAUUUACUAUCGCCGCAGGAUCACUGAAGUAAAAAAUCAAGAGGUGUCAACGACGGAAGGACGAACUGUCGUUCUGAAGACUGGUACUAAACUACAGCACGGUGAAGAGAUCAAGUGGUGGUUCGGAGAUGACCACAAUCUCAUAACCCAAUUCAGUAGAUGGACCAUUACAGAUGAUGAUAUAAAUUGUGAUGUUACUGAUGAGAGAUUCAGAAACAAAGUGCAGCUGGGUGGUAAGACUGGAGAUCUCAUUAUCAGUUAUAUCAGGACCAUUCACUCUGGAGUCUACAGAGUACAGAUCACCGGCAAAACCAGAAAAAACCAAAUACAAGAAGAAAUUCUUUGUUACUGUCAAUGUGGAGAAAGUAGGAGUGAUGGUUGGAGAAUCUGUCACUCUAAAGACUGAUAUUGAAAUAAAGGAAGGAGAUCUGAUCCUGUGGACCUUUGGAGUUAAAAAACGUCUCAUUGUUAAAGCUGAAUCAGGAAAAACUACUAUUAGUGAGAGCUUCAGAGGCAGACUGGAGCUAAACGAACUGCUGAUCAAUGGAUCUCUGACUAUCACAAACAUCACAGAUGCAGACUUUGGACAUUUUCAACUACAGGUCCUCAAUGACGAACGGAACAGAUUCAGGAGAUUCAAUGUGAUCAAAGAUUCCAAAGAAGGCAAAGAUUGGGAACCGAUGUUAAUGACCCCACUGCCAUCUCAAGUGUGUGAAAUCUAUGAUGAGUAGCAGGAGAUGAGUUCACCUCAAUAAGACACACCACUCUCAAUCUUUGUGACUUCAUCAACUGAACAAUGUCCAUACAUCUCAAUGUUCAUAUUAUUCAUCCUAAACAGUAUGUGAGAUUAGAAUAAGUGUGUCCUAAGGGGCACUGGUGUGCAUGUCUGAGGUACAGAUGCAUUUUGUUAGGGCUCUUCUCCAAGGCCUCGACAAAGUUAUUAUUUUACAAAACUACAAAAGAAAUGAUAACGAUUCUAAACAGUUUUCACCUGAUUCAGCAUGUGCAUGGACCCACACACAAAGGUGGACACACUCUGGAUCUAAUCAUCAG